CCUCACCUCUGCUUUCAAGCAUUGCCAAAGCUCAACAUUUCGUUUCGCUUUUUGUCCUCGGUUCACAUAUUUGCUUCAUGUCCAGCGGUCACCUACCUUCUCCAACAUCACCAAGAUCACCAACAGCCCCAUCGACACAGCACAGGGCAUCCGAAAAAAGAGAAUACUACGGGUUCGUCCUCUACCUCUCUUCCUUUGUCGCCUUUGGAACAUAUCUAGCAUGGGCGCUUUUACCAGAUGAAAUCCUGCACGCUUUAGGCAUAUACUAUUACCCAACCCGAUGGUGGGCAAUAGUUUUUCCUGUGUACAUCUUGGGACUUAUCCCUUUUACCAUCCUCAUGUUUACUGGCAUCAAUCUCCGGCGAACACCACCUCUGACGUCGUUUGAUACUGUGACUGAUGAUUGCGCCAAUGCACUCUCUAUUCCCCUUGACCCAAAUAAAUUGCGCAAAUUGUUCAGCGAGGACUCUAUCCCCGAAAUUGAAGACAUUCCGAUUACAUUGGUAAACCAGGUGCUAUACGAGGAGAUGUGACAUGGAUAUCAUGUUUGUAAUUAUUGUUAAAUACAUGUAAAUAUUUGCAAUGGUCCAUA